GCUUCCAGGGCCAAGCUGACCAUGCUCAACACCAUGUCCAAGAUCCGGGGGCAGGUGAAGAACCCGGGAUACCCCCAGUCUGAGGGGCUGCUGGGGGAGAGCAUGAUCCGGUAUGGAAAGGAGCUGGGAGAGGAUUCCAACUUCGGCGACGCUCUGCUGGACGCGGGUGAGUCCAUGAAGCGCCUGGCUGAGGUGAAGGAUUCCCUGGACAUCGAGGUCAAACAGAACUUUAUUGAUCCCCUGCAGAACCUCUGUGACAAAGACCUGAAGGAGAUCCAGCACCACCUGAAGAAGCUGGAAGGGCGGCGCCUGGACUUCGACUACAAGAAGAAGCGCCAGGGGAAGAUCCCGGACGAGGAGCUCCGACAGGCCAUGGAGAAGUUCGAGGAGUCCAAGGAGGUGGCAGAGACCAGCAUGCACAACCUGCUGGAGACUGAUGUGAGAGGGGCUCCGUGUCCCUGGGGUGGGAUCCCGCCGGGAUGGCCCCAGCUGGACACUCGUUGGAUGAGGGAGGCCUCCUCCCGCCCCAGGCGGGAAUACAAGCCCAAGCCCAGGGAGAGCUACGACUUCGGAGAGAGCGACCAGUCCAACGGGGGCUUCUCCUGCAACCCCACCCCCAAAGUCUCAGCCCCCCUGGACCAGCCCUGCUGCAAAGCCCUGUACGACUUCGAGCCGGAGAACGACGGCGAGCUGGGCUUCAAGGAGGGCGACAUCAUCACCCUGACGAACCAGAUCGACGAGAACUGGUACGAGGGGAUGAUCCACGGCCACUCCGGCUUCUUCCCGCUCAACUACGUGGAAGUGCUGGUGCCGCUACCUCAGUGAGCCCCCCCCGCCAUUCCCGCCUUUCCCGCCAUUCCCGCCUUUC